ACCGCGAGUCGAGAGAUGGGGAAUGCUCGUUCACCAAGGUGGGGGUUGGUUGAUCGACCGUACCCGCUCUUCUACUCGUCCUGCCGAGCCCCGACAUUCAUUCCACCCCGAACCGGCGGAUACGCUAGGACGUGCUCGUUCUCCAGCUCGAAUCGGUGCCAGCCGAAGGAUCAGCGAAGGACCGUUCAGGACGAACCAGAAGGGACGAGCAGACGUGAAGGAUAUAGACUGACGAUCGCCACGUCUCGCAAGAUGACGUACAACUGGGCGUGGUUGCUGCUGCUGUUCUCGUUAGUCUCGAUAGUCAUGUGCCUGCCCACGAGGAUGGAGGACCCGAAGAAAGCUGAGCAGGCCAUGAAACCGAAGUCAAAACGAACUCAGGAGACGCUGAUGUUCGGUAAUCAGCAGAACCGACAGGCCAAUGCUGCAGCUGCCGCUGCCGCCGCUGAAUCUUUCACGACAAAUACGGAGAAACGAACCCUUGCUUCCUCGGGACUGGGAGGCUUGAAAGCGGCUCUCGCCGAAGACGAUAAACCAUCCCAGCCCAAAUCUCCUAGCAACUCCAUGUACGAGCACGAGACUUACUCGCCGUACGACAAGAAUUACGACUACGGUAAGGUCCUCAUGAACGAGGUCGAGGAGGACGGACCGCGGGUAUGGGACAUUCCGCCGUAUUCUCGGUACUACACGGGCGAGGAUCGGCGCAAGAGAUCGGAAAAGUCCACUGCGAGCGCGCAGCCGAGCAGCAGCAUCACGACGUUGCAGCCUCCGACCAGCACGUACGAGUGGGCGAAACCGGGCCAAAUCGUGAGACGUCUCGUAUCUACCCAGCAACCGGUGCAGGCUCAAGUUAAGAGAAGCAUCCCGUUCUACCAGGAACCACGGUUCAAACGAGACCUACCCUUGGACAUUGAUCCUGAGGACGUAUUGACCCUUCUGUCACUAUGGGAGAAUGAACGGCGUAACGGAAACUGGCGCAACUAUGCUAAAGAAGAAUACGAGAAUAUGAUGGAUGACAACAGUUUCCUCGACGAGGAAGACGCUAGGAAUGAUUUCCUUUUAGCUCUUCCAUGGUUAGAAGCGGUGUAUCCCUCAUCUCGGCACUACGAGACGUUGUCGCCCUCCGACAUCGGAAUAGUCCGAACUCACCCACCCAACUAUUACGAUCAAUUGGAACAGCAGUACGAAGGCACCGCGCAGUACGGCAAUCCUCAAUAUGGUAAUUCACAGUACGGCUUCGUUUACCCUCAGCGUGCCUACUAUCCUCACGAAAAGAGAUUCAUGGUGUCUAAAAAGCGAACGCAGAGCUACGAUCCGUACUCCACGGCUCAGCUGCAAUUGAGUUCCCAACCGCGAAGUUAUCAAUAUCCCCAUCGCGUUGUCUACUAAAAUAAUCCUGGAGUUGUCUAGAGGCGCGCGAAGAAGCGAGGAAUCUCUCAGACAAGAAUUCUAUCGGGAAAGGGAAAAUCAGUAGUUGACGUUUCCGGGAGGACCGGCGCUCUUUCGAUGAACGGCCCCCGCUGUCGCUCCUUCUCAACUAUUCUCCCUUUUUCUCGCAGGAGAAAAAAGAAGCAGAUGGCGGAUUUAUUCAUUCUAAGAAACACGGUGCUCAGAGAAAGAGAGAGAGAGAGAGAGAGGCUCUUCGAGUCGCAAGAGACGCGCUGAAGAGAGACAUCGGUUCAUUAAAAAAAGAGAAACAAAUUUUUUUCUUUCUAAAUUCUUAUCUAAAUAUCCCGAAAUAGAUGUAAGUUACAAUAAAUUCUCAAGAUACUUUAGAAAUUUGCGACAAAGUUUGUUCGUUAUCAAGUACGAAUUCUAAGAGAUACAUAUGCAAAACAUAUCAGAGUCAUCCGUGACUCAAUCCGAAAUAUAUCCUGUGCUAUAUAAACAAAUUCGAAGAUUCGAUUAGAUUUGUUACUCUGAGCUCGAUCGCGAAAAAUAAAGAAAAAAGAGAAGCUUCAGCGCGCUCUUGUCGCUCUUACCUCGCUUAAUAUUGUAAUGUUACGAUUUUAAGCUCCUUUUGCGUGUAAUACGAGCGAUGCGCCCGUAAUAACGCUACGACUGAAUCAUUAAACAAUCGUAGUAUCGAAUCAAAUUACCCUCAGGCUUGGUUUCGACGACUGAUUAAAAAAAAAAAAAUAUAUAUAUAUAUAUAUAUAUAUACAUACAUAUAUGUAUAUGAGACGAUAUAGUUUCGCGCGCGCGUUCGUGAAUUAGCAUGAGACUAGAUGUAGAUCUAUUCAUCUAUUAGGCAAUGCGAACGAAUGAGUUAAAAGAGAAGUCGGACAAGUGGAGAAAACGAAGGCGAGGAAAUGUAUCAGACAAAUGUUCAAUGUUUAUGUAUAAAAGGGAGAAGGAACCUAGAAAUCGAGAAUAAAAUUCACACACAUUGCGCGAGAUUUAAAUUUUACUUCAGUACUACACACAUAUAUAUAUAUAUGUAUAUUAAUAUAUUUCUCUCUCUACGACGGAAGUGCAAGAAAAUGUAUUAGAAUGUUAAAAUUUCUUCGUAAAUUCUUGGUGGCUGCGCCAAAUGCAGAGUGUCAAAAAUUAUUGUAUUAUAAUAUAUAUUUGCAUCGUUAACUGAGAAGCGCAAACCAACUAAACGUUAAUAACUAAUAUAUCUAAUCGCGAAUCGUCGUCUUGUCGUCGUAUUCUACCCAUUGAUAUUCGUAUUUCUAGAAAGCAGGGAACGUUCGAAUUUUGUGAGCGUAAUAUACCGAAGGAGUAUUCUCGUAUAAGGUUUUCUUCGAACCAAACACGGCCUUCCAUAUUCAACACUCCGAGGAGACUGAACAUCUCUAUAUAAUUAACAUAGUUAAAUCCGUUACACGCGUCUUUACAAAUUAAUAUACAGUAUACUUACUUUUCAAUUCUUUGUCAACUUUUGAUCAAUUGUAUUUUUUGAUAUUAUUUUUAAUUUAUGAGUUUUUAUGUGAAUUUUUUUUUUUUAAGUCUUUAAUAUUAGAUACAUAUUUGUUGCUAAUUAAAAUUCUCAUAUUAAUUCUCUUUGCUAAUUAAAUGCUCCGAAGUAAAAAGAUAGACUGGAACAUACCCUCGUAAGACUGGAGAGCACACUAAUAAGGAUAAUAGAAUAUUCGAUUGCGAUGAGGAAACCAUUCAUAAUUUCCUUCUGCAUUUUUUAUGGUUCAGAAAAACUAGAUUUUUCAUAGAUUAAGCAUGAGUUUCGCGUCAGAAAUAUUCAAAGAUUCGUUAUGUGCGUAUUAUAAAUAAUAUUACACAGACGGGAGCGAUAAAUUAUAUAUUAUAUAAAAUAAAAGAAAAUCAGCCAAUUAUAUAUUAUAGCUUUACUCUUCUCGACGAAUAAUCUCGCACGAUCGAUGUUCAAGGCAAGUUUGCCGAAAGUGUGUAUUUUUGUUACGUAUCGCAGAAAAAGGCUG